AGACGACACUUCCAGGUGCUCCUUUCCACUGGUAAUCACCACCAUUGUGUCUCGACUUGUAUCUGCGUACAGGCGCAUACAUCCUGCGCUCACCUCGCCACCAGCUGUGCGGGACAUACAGCGUCGCAGCCCCUCACGCGCCCAUCUUGCCCACGAGCCUCAACCUCGCAGCUCUUGCUGCGCUCCUUUGCCAACCUCACACGACCGACACCUCAGCAUGAACGCCAAAGCAGCCGCUUCGCGCUAUCAGCGGCAAGUGGCCGAGAUCUCUCGUCUACCAGGCAACGAAGUCUGUGCCGACUGUCGCGGUCGAAACCCCCGCUGGGCCUCUCAUAACCUCGGCAUCUUCCUCUGCGUACAAUGCGCUGGCGUACACCGCAAGAUGGGCACUCACAUCUCAAAGGUCAAGUCACUCACGCUGGACGAAUGGACCAAAGAGCAGGUGGAAAGGAUGAGAGAAUAUGGCAAUGAGAAGAGCAAUGCCUACUACAACCCAGAUGAAAAGCGGAAUCGGCCGCCGGCCAAUGUGGGGGAUGGGGAGAGGGACAGUGAAGUGGAGAGGUUCAUACGCAACAAGUACGAGUUCAGGAAAUUCAUAGACCGGAAACCUCCUCCAGUCCCCAUCAAGGACGCUUCUGGAUCCGAUUCAUCGAGGAGACCGGGCUACACGUCUCGCACUGCGAGCAGUAGCAGUACUUCUGGAGCCGGAGGCGGGUGGGGAGCUGCGUCCCGGCUCUCGCCAGUCGAUAUGAGGUCAGGCCGGACAUCGCCGCCGAGAGGUUCUGAUCCAUCGAAUUCAGCAUCGGGAAGGGACAUACAUCGCUCUAGGACUGCUCCGAUACCUACAAGCUGGAAGGAGGCGCAGCGAGCCGUUUCUCCACUUCCCCCUCUAGCAGGUUCAAGUCAACAGACUACCACUUCAACCACUCCGGCCAUCUCCGUAUCUUCCGCACGAUCGGCAGCUCUGCCCUCUUCGGCAGGACAGCCCUCAUCCUCUUCCACCUACCUCUCUUCCACUUACCAGCCCUCUACGAACGGCCUGAGUGCAGUCAAUGGCGGUGCGCCUGGCCAUCUUCAGCGUGCCUCUUCCGCGCAGAAUCUGACGAGCAAUGGUGGCAGCGCCUUCCCGACCUCUUCUCAGGCCUUCAAUGGGCAGGCUAGUAGUGGAGCAGCCCCAGCCGCAUCCAGCAGCUUUCAAGGCAGAAGCGCAGUAUUCGACGAUCUUCUCCAGCUGGCCAGUCCUGCCCCUCCGACACAGCAAGCAAGUUCAUUCGGCGGUGUGGGUAAUCCUUGGGGUGGAAUGCAGCCUGCGGCGACUGGCGUGACCAUGAACGGAAUGCAGGGAAACGGCAUGAAUGGCAUGGGGGCGGGGAUGAACCCUUGGGCCCAGCAACAGCAGCAACAAACUCAAUACUCGCAGAUGAACGGCAUGCUCAACCAACCUACAGGUAUGGCGUACAGCAGCCCUGCAGCUGGCUCCUACUUCCAACAACCAGGUGGCGGGCAACAGUCAGGUCAUCUCACCCCUCAAAAUCUGGGGAGCAUGGCCUUCUCUCCUCAGAUCCAACAGCAACAGCAGCAUCAGCAAGCCUACUUUCAGCCACAAGCGCAGUCCCAACCCUUUUCCUCAUCCUUCGGUACCACCCCUGCCGGAAGUGGCAAUCCCUUUGGUAGUUCCGCUCCCAACUUUAGCUCUGGGUUUCAGCAGCAGCAGCAGCAGGCUCCACCAGUUCAGAUGGGAUUCCAACCAGGUCAACAGCCACUCCAACCACAGGAUACAGUCCAGAUGAUGGGUGAGCAGCGCUUGCAGAAUGGACAGGUAUUCCAGGAUUGGACUAGUAGGAUGAUGCCUUCUUCGCAGCAGCAGCAGCAAGGACAGCAAGGUGGUGGAGGGUGGCGGUGAAGAAGAAGAAGACCAAGACGAGGAUGAGGAUGACGUGACGAUGGUUGUAAUUCUUUGAAGGUAGACGACAGGUGACGCUCAUGAACCGCAAUGACAAUCUAUGAACAACUGUGAGAA